AUUCACCUAAUUCCACAUCUUAGACCAUCCUCAUCUCUCUUUCUUUAAACUAGUUUUAUAUCGACCGGCAAUUCUGAACGAGAAGGAGCUAUCUGGAAGUGACACAAUUCAGCCAAGCAUUGCGAUUCUUACUAGGCAAGGCUGUUUUAUUAUUGGAUGGUUUUAGCCUUGGGUUGACUUUCACUGUUUCUGUUUAGCAGCUCCCUGCGUUUCUAUUUUUAGUGUCGAACUUGUGAGCCAUAGCUAUACGAUGAGACCCGUCUGUUCGUUAAUUUCUGUGUCCUGUAUUACUGCAUUUAUACUGGUUAUCCUCAUCGCAGACGAUGUUGCGGCAUAUAACAGCUACCCAGUCUACGGAAGGGGAAGCAAUUUUUGCGAUUUAAAAAUUUCAAAAAUGGUGACUUGUAAAGUGAGGAAUGGGACUACAAGGACGAUGGAAAGGUAUCCAAUAUGGUGCAAUUACCAACAACAAAGAAAUAGCUACAACAACAUACCAAAUCCAAGUUGUACACCAGCACAAUAUAGGAUAAUUUUUCGACCUAAAUAUAUAACAGCUUACAAAUCCGUAGAAACAAUUGAAAGGCAGUGCUGUCCUGGAUUUUCAGGUCCAAAAUGCGACAGAAGUUGUUUUAAUUGUUCCGAGAUGGAGGCAUUAAAGAGGAAAGUUGCGCAGCUUGAACACGUACCUCGGCCCAUCAAUCCAUAUGGAGCUACCUCAGAACUGCAAGCCUCUCAAGGCGGCACAGUUAUCCUUGGUCCAAAGGGUCCACCUGGUAGCCGAGGCAAAGCAGGACCACCAGGCAGUGAUGGGAAAAAAGGUUCCAAGGGAGAACCAGGAACUGCGGGGAAGUCAGGUACGCCCGGGCAACCUGGACCGGAAGGAAAAGUUGGAGCUCCUGGCCCUCCUGGCUCAGCAGGACCACAAGGUCCACCUGGCCAUCCCGGUCGAAUGGGACCACAGGGUAUACCAGGCCAACCAGGCCCACCAGGCCCUCCACCAGUGCUAUCUGACGAUUAUGCAACGACUGAACAACUGAGACACUUGACGCUUAGUAUACUUCGAAUGGAUAAAGAGUUAAAAGCGUGUAUGCAGAUAAUCACACAGAGUCUUGGUGGUAUACCAGGUGGACCAGGUGGCCCAAAUCCAUUCCCAACGCCCGCACCCGGUAACGAGUUUCCAGAAAUACCAACUGCGAUCGAUAGUCAUUAUGGAUCCGUUGAUUUACCAAGCAUGAUAUUUUCAGAAAUUCUGGUCGGUUCUGGAGAUUAUGAUACCGAAUUGCAAGAUUCCAAACAAUAAGAAAAACGGAUUUAGAAGGCUAAUGGCUAUAAAUAAUAUCAUAAAAAGUGUUAUAAUUUGCGUCAAUACAAUGACUUUGACUAUUGUUUUACGUCAUGAUAAAACCCGACCAAACACGUUUUACACUCGUUUGAGUAAAAAUACAAAAGAUGGUACGGUCAGAUUUAUAAUCUUAUAAAUAACUAUCGCCAUCAUCAUUAAUACAAUAUUGAUAAUUUAUACAGGGGGUUUGGCAGGGACGGUACUGGCACGCCUAGACAGUGAUUUGGGCGAGACAACCAAGCACAAAUUUCAUGUAUACUGUAUUUAGCUCCUCUCUGUCAUGUCAUGUCGUAGUCAACAAUACAAAUUAUCAUAAGGGGAACAAUUACAAAAGUAUAAAUUAUGUAAUUCAGAUACGGUUUCAUUAAAUAAAAUUAUACGAAGAGCAAUGUUAGAGAAUACAAUAAAUAACAAUGAUACAUUAAAAUAUUAAAUAAGAAUAAUAUAUUAUAUUUUACAGUAAUGAUAACUGACAUGGUUGAUGAAUAUUUGCAUCAAGUAAAAUACAAAUAUUAAAUCGUCAUUUAAAUUAAAUUUUACACUUAAUUUAAACCAAUUAUUAAAUGAUUACAUUUCAAUAAUGAUUAAAAGUGCAUGAUUCGAUAUCGCUACGUUACCACAAACUGCCAUAAUGUUGGAACCAUGUCGUGACGCAUCUUUAAGCAGGUUGUUAUAACAGUGUUAUCAGGUUGUCAUGACAACGUUAUACAUUGUAGUUCUGGAACAUGGAACCAUGGAGGAAUCAGUUUAGAAACUACUAAUUCCUCCAUGAUGGAACUAACUUGUCAACUAAAAUGCAAUUCGAGAAAAAAGUGUUGUAACUCUUCUUGUAAGAGCAUAUUGAUGGUGAAUGACAUGCAUGGGUAAUUCAUUCCAAAUAAUUAUAGCAAAAACCUCGAAUUGAAGCCCACUGGGCUUAAUCUCGAGAAGAAGCUUAUCUCGAAUUAAAGCCCACCUAUUCAGAGUUCGCAAAAUUAGCCUUGAAAAGAAAUCCAGAUAGCAUAUAUGCUUCUUUUCUAGAUGGUACAUUACAUACACUGUAGAUGAAUUUCAAAUAAAAGAAUCAAAUCAUGAUUAGUUUAUACAGUAGUUUAGGUGAGUUAAUGCCGGUUAAUACACUCCAUGAUACAGAUUGAUGUUACAGUGGCCCUAAAUAUUGUUUCAUAGAUUUUUUUAAAAAAAUUUACAGCAUUCAUUUUGAAAAGAAGCUCCACCCCCCACUUUACCUUGCAAAAGUGGCCUCGAAAAGAAGCCUAUCUCGAAAAGUACGGUAGCCCAUACUAAAGCCAGGGCUUCAAUUUGAGAUUUUACGGUAAUAUUUUUACACCAGCAACCCUAAAAUAUGAGCUCAUUUUGUAAACAUUGAUUGAAGUGGGAGGGUCUCCACUAGAGUCAAAUAUGUACCUGUAACAUUUAUAAUUUCAUUUGUGAGUCCCUCUGUGUGUUCAUGAUAUUUUAACAUAAGUGCUCUGUUCAGUUGUCAUUAUAACGUUAAAGAAGACAAUGGAUAUUGUUUUUACACGGGACGAAAUAAUGUGAUAUACAACGUCAUAUAUUAUACACAAUGGACCUUCCGAGUGUCAAUCAAACUUAACCAAUUAGAACAGGGAGAGCAUUAAUGCGCUUGUCCCACAAAUACCCGACCGUGUUUACUUAACACAUGUUGACGUACGAUUACGCAGUUGCUUUAUGGGACCAGGACCUUAGCAACAAUAUCCAAGGGGCAGAACUUAGCGUAAAGUUCCAUUUUCUGACAAGGCGACCUGAUUGGUUUAUUAUUAAAUCCCACUUUAUGAUAUGUGGACGUCACAGCAGCUAUUAAGGAUAAAGUGUAGGCAAUUAAACUUUGAUAAACUAUGGAGGAAUUAGUUUAUUCCUCCAUGGAUAAACCGAGCAGGUGGGCGUGGUUUAGCGAAGAACGAUCAGUCGAAUACGACCAUUCACUUCAAAUUGUAGGCUGUGUUAUUCUUAUUGGCAUAGACCUAAAGGAAGUUAAUAAAAUAUAUUAACGUAUGUCAAUAUAAAAUCUGUCUAUGUUGAGCUAAUAUUAAUCAUUCAAUUAAAUAAUAAUUAUUAAGAAAACAUUUUUUUUUCUCACCAAUUAACACACGAAUAAAUAUACAGUUCCUAUUCUGUGUAUAUAAAAUUGUCUGAUCUAAGUCUGAGACAAACUAAGGAUUUUUGUAGUUAAAAAUUAUGUAUAACAGCGCAAACCAAAUUACUUAGAUAUGGAAGACGAUGAAUUUAAGUUUUAAUGAACAAAUCAUUUUCUUUGUUGUACUUUUUGGAGGGGUUUGCCAGAUUUUGCAACAAGCGUAUAUCUUAGGGUACUUAAUAAAUAAGUUGUAUAUUUAAUUGUAGAUGUUUUUGUCUGUCUGCGAUACUUUCAUUGCUACAUGUAAUGCUAACUUAUUCAGGUUUAUUAACAUUAAAAAAGUAAAAUCUUAAUGGCAAGCUAUUCCUUUUACGGUUUUUGUUAAAUAAUAGGGAGUUUUUGCAAGCUUAAGAGAACGAUAACGAAUACGGUUACGUCAUCAAUUUUUAGACACCCCUUCCCGCUACAUUAGCAUAUCGUUCUACCAAGUAAGCGAUUCAUGCCUUUUGCAUGAAUCAAGGAUCAUAUGCAGUUCGUACAGCAUAUUUCCAAGAAUGUUUUAGGCACGAAUGACGAUCAUAAUAAUAAUGCUGACGUAUUCGUAUUUUUUUUUUCGUUUUCUUAAGAUUGCGAAAUCUUCCUAAAAUAACGGAUACGCCUAAUGGUAGAUUAUCUGAUUAUUAUGCAAUCGAUUUUAUAACGUAUGAAAGAAUAGUAAAUUAUAUUUUACUGUGACAGAAUUCCGUAUAAAUUUAAUAUUGUACAAUUCGAUUUAUCUACCGUUAUCGUAAAGUUAAUUCCAUCCUGUGAAAAACGCAUACGGUUUUUGCGUUUAUCGAAUUGUUGAUUAUGAUCAUUGUAUAUGUGUCUCCAAUACUUCAUGAAUAAAUUGUACAUAUGCUAAA